UAGUCUGAGUCAUCUACUUUUUCUAGGGUUAAUGGAGAGAAAAUGUCAUCUCCAGUAAACACUAUAUUCCACUUAACUAGGACGGGUGAAGUGCCCUUUGAUGUGUCUAGCACGAGGGAGCCCAGAUAGCUGGCUUUAAGUGUGGAUGUUCUCAGUAUCUGAAGUCACAUGAGAUGGAGCCCACCAGAAGAAAUUGCAGUCUAAAUCUGCAAACCCAGCCUAAGGCGCAAACCCACUUAGCACAGCCGAUAAGGUUCAUGAAACUGUAGGCAUCCGUGUAGCAUCAUCAUCAAAAAUCUUCCUGGAAGAGGUUUAGAAAAGGAUUUGAAAGAGCAAAGGCAAUCGUUUGAUACGUGAGAAGAGGAGAGCGGUUCUGGCACACUGUAACAGAGAUAGAAUUAUUGCAUCCACCCCUCCUGCUACCUCCACCCCCAAAAUCUGAAAACUUCCUGAUUUGUGUUCAUCAAUAAUUAAGAGCCCAUCAGCAAUACUCAGAGGGAGCUUGCAUUGCACUUCUGAGCAGCCAGUUAGUAAUGUACGGUGGAGAGAUCCUCUUUUUCAAAUCCCAGGGCUCCAGGCCAUGCAACGCUAGUAUUGCAUUUUCAAUUAGCUUCUGAGUGAAUGCUUGGCAUACGUAGAAGUGAACUGGUACACAAUUAGCUUAUUGUUCCUUUCAGCUUUGUGCUGAGAGGAUCUGAAGUACUGCAGAAGAGAGGGGAGAGGGGGAAAAAAAGAAAAUAGCCAAGCCAGCGGCAUCUCCGUGGAUGUGGAAUAAGGGAGUUGCUCAGCUCACGCAGAUUCCCGUGCUAAGUUGGGAGUUACAGCUGUUACUGAGGAGCACUCAGCCUGGAGGUGGGGAGGGCGCUCAGGGAGAGGCACAGACCGAGUCAAGCUCCAGGCUCUUCUUUCAUCUGACUCACCUCAGCAACGCGAUGGAGCCCAACAGCCCUAAAAAAAUACAGUUUGCUGUGCCACUGUUUCAGAGUCAAAUAGAUCCCGAGGCAGCUGAGCAGAUCAGGAAAAGAAGGCCUACACCAGCAUCACUUGUCAUCAUGAAUGAACACGUGCCCCCGGAAAAAGAUGAGAAGAGAACAAAUAUCUCACAGGCAGAGUCCCAGAGUGCCUCUCCCAAGCAAAGGAAGCAGAGCGUCUUCACCCCGCCUGCCCUCAAAGGGAUUAAGCAUCUGAAGAGUCAGAGUGAUUCAGCGUUUCCAGAGGAAGAAGAAGGAGUUAGUGAAAGGGAAGAGGAGUGGGGUCAUUAAACGGCGUGGACACGCCUCGAGCCCCAUCAUGGAGGGUAACUGAACUGCGCAGCCGUGCGUGCGUCAGACCAUUUGCCACUGCUUGUGUCCCCGCACCGCAGCGCUCGGUGUGCCGGCGGCUCCGAGGCUCCCUGGGGAGCGCCCUUGGAUGGGUUUUACAGCCACCUGCAAACGUGUUCUGUGAUCCUUAUACCCGAAGAUAAAACAGUUAUUUUAAAGUAAUUUUUCUUUCAUAUUCUAUGACUUAGAAAUGUAAUUUGCAAAUGUGUUAGCGACCUGAUGUCAGUACUGCCAGAGCUUAACUACCACGUGUGAGCUGUACUCUAAGGCCUGUUGUAAAUAAAACUGAUUUAAAGCUACAAAAUAUAUAAUAUGUUCAUUUAGACAAGAUUGUAUACUGUACAGUGGGUUUGUCUAGCGUGCAGAGGAAUGUUCGUAUAAAAUGAUCCUUUCAGUUAAGGACAGUUUUUACCAGUAUAGUUAGAGUUGCUUGCAGUAAUGUCAAUAGCAACAAGGUAAGCAGGGGUGACUCAGUCUAGAGAAGGAUGCAAAGACACACUUCCCCAUGUUCCCUGGAUAUGCAACACUUAAAGUACUUGUCUUGCUUUUGGUCUGAGGUUACCUAUUCACAUCAGCCAAAACAAUUUCUCUUUAUGCAAGAUCAUUGUUAUCUGGAGGCAUUAGAAAAAGUUUCAGUUUGGGAGUCAGGGAAAAUACAGGAGUGCGCAAGACCCGUGAGCAGGGUCCCGCACACCAGCUGAGCCACAGGAAAUGCUGAUAUUCACCUUCAUCACCUGCAGUAAGUACAGGGUACAGCCUUCUCUGAGAAAGGGCCAGACUACUCUGUUUGUCACAGUUUCAACCAGUAAAUGAUACCAUAUCAAGCUGCAGUGAUUUAGCAUGUGUCUGAGCCCUAGGGUUUUUGGUUGAAGUUUGGCAUGGUUCAUACCAACAUUUUUACUUGUUAGACCAUGCAAACUCUAUGGCAUAAAAUGAAAUAAGGUGGAGAAGGAAAACCAUGUUUCUUCAAAGUUGCACUUGACAGAUCCUUUCCUUUUUUAUCAAUGGCCAAUUUUUAAACCAAGUCACUGUCAUUUUGUAUUAACUGUUUGCCUUUGAUACAAAGUUUUACCCAUGGUUUAACUUUCUACUGCUUUAAGUCUCUUUUAAAGGGCUGAGCUAGCAAAAAAAAAAAAAAAAAAGAAAGAAAAAAGAGAUGAAGUGUAUGAAAACACAGAGCCUUUUGUCUAUGCCUUGCAUGGUGAUUUCGCUUUCAAAUUGAGGUCUUCCACGAAGACCUGCUGAGAACAGGAUCUGUCAACAAGUGUUUCUGUAUAUUUGGGAGCCAACUUUUUGCCCUCCAUGUGUAUCUCUCUAUCUGUCCUCUUCAUUGCCAUUUUCUGUAGAAACACUGCAAACAGGAUCUGUGACUCCAGCUCAGCAUGGGUAUGCAAGAAGGACUGAAAGAAAGACUCUUCAGUUGUACAGAAGCAGCUAUGGGACUUACAGGACUGAGGGCUUUUUAUGCCACAAACAACAAAAAGAAGGAAGUGACCCUUAAGAAACCAUUUGAAUGGACCAGUUAAGUCUGGAACGGUAGCAAGAAGAGCUGGGCUCCAGUCCCAGCUUUGCUGCAGGUUUGCUUUUGCACAGCACUAGGCUUUUCACAGUCACUCGUUGCCACAGUACUCCCAGUUGUAAAACAGCCAUUGGUGUUUAACCUUCACCAUUUAUCUGUGUUGCUAGCUAAUAAAGCUCUUUUGAUAUUGA